AAAAAAUUGUAAGAUGAAGUUGCUGUAUGUUAUCCUUUGGAUUGCCUCCUGCUCGGCAGUUCCUUUCUCGAACAGCUCGGAAGUGGAACCUUUUAUCACAAACGGAGAACUGGCCGGGGUGGGACAGUUUCCCUACCAGGCCGGCAUAAACGUGUCCUACGGUGACCUGGGCUGGAACUGGUGCGGUGGGACCUUGAUUUCUCACUACUGGGUAAUCACGGCUGCUCAUUGCAUGGACGGAGCGGAAUCGGCGACCGUUUAUUUGGGCGCCACCAACAUCCAGGAUGAAGAAGAGUCUGGACAAAAGCGCUUCGUGGUGGAUAAGUCAAGGAUAAUUGUCCACUCCAGCUACUUGGCCAGCACAACUGCCAACGACAUCUCCCUCAUCCGUCUGCCCAGAUUUGUAAGCUUUACGGAUCGCAUUCGGCCCGCCAGUCUGCCACGUCGCGUCAACGGAUCCUUUCCCACAUAUGAGUCUCUCAAGGCCAUUGCAUCCGGCUGGGGACGGGACAGUGAUGCCUCGGAAACGGUGUCUCCAGUCUUGAAGUACGUAGAGAUGCCCAUCAUGCCACAGGGCCUGUGCCGGAUGUACUGGAGUGGCGCGGUCUCCGAGAAGAUGAUCUGCAUGAGCACUACCAGCGGCAAGUCCACCUGCCAUGGCGACUCCGGCGGUCCGCUGGUCUACAAGAACGGAAACUCCACCUACUUGAUAGGAGCCACUUCCUUUGGCAGCAGCAUGGGCUGUCAAGUGGGUUUUCCGGCAGUCUUUACCCGCAUUAGUAGCUAUUUGGAGUGGAUAUUGGACCACGUUAUUGUCUCAUCAAACACCAUAAGUUUUCUAUAAUUAGAUUAUAAUUAGG